AAGAGAGAAAGAAAGAUAUCAUCAAAUGGAUGAAAAACUUCCUCCAGGCUUCAGGUUCCAUCCAACUGAUGAAGAACUAAUAACUUUCUAUCUAUCUCAGAAGGUUUCUGAUUUUGGAUUCACUUCUAAGGCUAUUAUAGAUGUUGAUCUUAACAAGUGCGAGCCAUGGGACCUCCCAGCUAAAGCAUCAAUGGGAGAAAAGGAAUGGUACUUCUUUAGCUUAAAGGAUCGAAAAUACCCAACUGGCCUAAGAACCAACCGCGCAACUGAAGCUGGCUAUUGGAAAACGACAGGCAAAGACAAGGAGAUAUUUCGUGGAGGGGUCUUAGUUGGAAUGAAGAAAACCCUAGUUUUCUACAAAGGUAGAGCUCCCAAGGGUGAGAAAAGCAAUUGGGUCAUGCAUGAGUAUAGGCUAGAAACUAAGAAUUGCUUUAGAGCUACAAAGGACGAAUGGGUGGUGUGUAGAAUUUUCCAAAAGAGUUCAACUAUGAAGAAACCGUCUCAACAAACUCCAUCGUCUCCCCAAUCUCCUGAAUCUGAUCAGGAUGAUGAUACAAACAUUAUGACAAACGAAUUUGGCGAUAUUGAACAACUACCAAACUUGAACAUUUUACCUAAUAAUUACUCAUCAAGUUCCAUAGACAUAAAUGGCUCAAUACAAAACUAUAGCAACUUGAGCAUGAACAUGAACUGGCCAAUUACAACUGCAAGUCCAUCACUUUCAUCAUGGCCUAAUACUAGCCUUCUUAGCCCAUAUACUAGUGUUGACUCCUUGAUCCUUAGGGCAUUGCAAUUGAGGAAUGUGUAUCCACAACCUUUGGAUUUGGCGAGCACUAACCAAUACUCUUUCAUGCCUCGAGGAAUUACAAAUGAAAUUUCUCAAUAUGGAGCGGACUUUGAGCCUACGAAUCUCUUGGCAUCCUCAUCGAGUGUUCAAGAACCAGUGCAACAACCACAACAACAACCUCAUGAACACACGUUUAAUAUGGACUCAAUUUGGUAAUCGAAUCGUAUCAUCAUCUAACAACUAUAGCUAAAAACUUUGCAUGCAAGUAUGUAAUAUAUAUUAUAAUGCCAUAUCCAAUUGCACAUGGUUGUAUUAAUCUAAGAUAUCAUCUUUUUAAAGUUAGAUUGCA